AUGAAAGUGCUGAUCAAGGGUGGCAUUUGGAAGAAUACUGAAGACGAGAUCCUCAAAGCAGCUGUCAGCAAAUACGGCAAGAAUCAAUGGGCUCGUAUCUCGUCAUUGCUCGUACGCAAAACACCAAAGCAAUGCAAAGCCAGAUGGUACGAAUGGCUCGAUCCCAGCAUCAAAAAGACUGAAUGGUCCAAAGAAGAAGACGAGAAGCUACUCCAUCUUGCAAAGUUGAUGCCAACACAGUGGCGUACCAUUGCACCCAUUGUUGGCCGUACACCUGCACAAUGUCUGGAACGUUAUCAGCGAUUGCUCGAUGAGGCCGAGGCGAGAGAAGCGGGUGCCGAUCUUGGGUUGACGGGUACACAGGGGCCUGAGCAUGGUCCAAGUGCUGAUGAUGUUCGGCGUUUACGACCUGGUGAAGUGGAUCCCGAGCCCGAGACAAAGCCUGCACGACCUGAUCCUGUCGAUAUGGAUGAAGAUGAAAAGGAAAUGUUAUCAGAGGCACGUGCUCGUCUUGCCAAUACUCAGGGUAAAAAGGCCAAGCGAAAGGCAAGAGAACGACAAUUGGAAGAAGCGCGUCGAUUGGCAUCAUUGCAAAAACGUCGUGAACUCAAAGCAGCUGGUAUUCACUUACGCAUGAAAAAGAAGAAGCAUGACAUGGACUACAAUGCCGACAUUCCUUUUGAGAAGCCUGUGCCACUUGGUUUCUAUGAUACGACCGAAGAAAAGAAUCGUCCUGUGGAUCCUGGCAAAUUGACGAAUGUGCACUUGUCAAAGUUGAAUCGUCGUCGAGCUGAUAUUGAAGAGGAAAAGCAACGUGAGAAGAAGCGUAAGGCGAAGCAAUCAGGCAACAAGGAGCAACAACCUGAAGGCAACCAAGGUCGUUUCGUGCCAGCCAAAGAUGCCAAGCUUAUCAAAGCUCAAGAGCAAGAGCAGAUCUUUAAGCGACGAAAGCUUGUAUUGCCAGCACCACAGAUCGGCGAAUCUGAACUUGAGACGAUUGUCAAAGCGGGUACGACAAGUGAGAAUGCAAAGUUGCUUGUUCAGGAUGAGGAGCAAGGCACCACGAGUGGAUUAGUCGAAGAUUUCAGCUCAACCCCACGAACAUUGCCUACUCGUACACCACGUGCCCCUACCAAUGCUGAUUCUCUUAUGAAUGAGGCGAGAAAUCUACGAGCUCUUACUUCAACACAAACGCCAUUGCUUGGUGAAGAGAACACACCUUUACACAUUUCUGAAGGCGGUACUGGAUUUGAAGGCGCCACACCUCGAGUUGCUGAGAUUCAGACACCCAACCCACUUCUCACUCCACGCACCGACACAUCCGGUUUAUCAACACCACGAUCAGAUAUUUCGGCUGUUGAAGCAAAGCGAAGUCUGCGACAAGGAUUGGCUGGCUUACCUGUCCCAAGAAAUGAAUACGAGAUUCGCUUACCAGAGAUGGAUGACACUGAAAAGAAAGAAGAGGUGGACACCAAGAUUGAAGAUCAAAGCGAGAUUGAUAGGCGUGAAAAGGAACAAGCUGAACAACAAGAACAAGAACGCCUUGCACGUCGAUCACUUGCAGUACAAAUGGGGUUGCCACGACCUGUUGUCGUACCAGCCAGCGUCAAAUCGGAUACAAGUGAUGAGAUUGAACAAUUGCUUCAAGAAGAGUACAUGCGUUUAUUGAAACACGACACAAUCAAGUAUCCUGUGGUUGGCAGCAAAGUAGCACCAGGUGCUGUGAGCCUAGGCGAUUUGGAUGGACUUGAGGAAGAGUUCGAUCGAGCGACUUUGGAUGAUGCACGAAAAGAAUUGGAUGAAGAGAUUCGAAGGAUACAUGACAUUCCCGAAGAUACGGAUAUCAAAUCAGCAGUGUGGCACCUUGUCUCCGAUAGCAAUGCAUUUGGUGAUAUUUGGGAAUCAACACACGGCAACAUGCUAUUCUCUGUCAAGCACAAUCGAUUCGUACCUGCAUCAGAAUUUGAGAGUGAAGAGGAUAAAGCCCAAGGCAUGGCAAAGACCAUCGAGGGUAAUCGUCGAGCCAUGAUUCGUGAUGCUACACAAGCCGGCAAACUUGAAAAGAAGCUUGAAGUGCGACUUGGUGGUUACAUGAAUCGAUCUGAAAAGUUGACACAGCAGAUCCUGGAAGCAGCUGAUGAAUUGGAGGCCGUGCGCAUUGAGUAUAACAGCUUUGUCACUCUUCAAAUGUCCGAAAAGGCCGCUAUUCCUGCACGUGUGGAUCAAGCCCAAUCUGAAGUGGAUCGAUUGGUUGAGCGUGAACGCAGCAUGCAACAAAAGUACAAAGAACUCUCGGAUCUUAAGAGUCAUUAUUUGCUAGCCAUUGAACAAUUACAGUAA